GAAUGAACCCGAACAGACAAUCGUGGAUGCCGGCGUGGCCUCCGUUGGCGCUGACAGCAAUUUCGUCGACGAUCCAAGAUACGAGUGGAGCCUUAUCUUUGUGCCGAGGGACGGAUGCAGGCCGGGUGGGAUCGAGUUCUCGCCGAAGUUCAUCGUCUCAUUCUCGGCCAGCGCCUUUAGCGCAGCGAUGGCUAGCGUCGAGUAUUCGAGGGUCUUCUUGGAGGUCCAGACCAUCGCGAGGCGUAUAGUGGAUAUUUGGCGUGAGCGCAGGAAUGACCCUACGUUGGAGAAUCAGGUUACCGCUUAUGCUGGCAUUUUGGCCCAGCAGGAGGUUCGGACUGAGCUUGCCACCGUUGGAUUGCGAUUGCGUGUCUCCGAGGCCGAAGUCGAGGCUUACCGCGAGAGCGUCCACGAGGACUUUGCUCGUGCGCCGCAGGAGUACCAGCAACGCAUUUCCGAGGCUCGGCACGAGGCGACCGUCCACGCCGAGGGCGAGCUCAACGACAUGCAUGUGGUUGAGCGCAACGCCGCCCUCGCCACAGUCGGCGAGAUUCGCGUUGCUGAGGCGGUGAUCGCAGGUGCUGAGGCGUCGCUCGAAGUCGAGGCUGGUGAGACCGAGGCUGCGCUUCGCAAUGAGGCUGCAGAGUUGCUUGGCGCCCGCGAUCGGCUGCAUGGCGAGUGGCAGCAGGCCGACGCUGAGGUCCGGCGUCAGCGAGACCUCAACGCCGAGGACUACACCCAGAGUCCGAGAUCACUGAAGUGGUUCGCCGCCGACUGGGUAUUCGGGCCCAAGCGCAUGAUGGUGGCCUUCGUGAAGAAGUUCGUGGGGCUGCCGUCCGAUGCGAGGCAGUGGAGGCUGAUGCGGCUAGGCAGGUCGCAGCGGCUCGGGCCGAUGCAGACGCCCGCGUGGCAGCUGCCCGGCAUGCGGAUGUCGAGUGCCACCGCGCCGCUGAUUCAGCAAGGAUCAACGUCUACGCCAGCCAGGCGCUGCACCACGCCGAGAGGGAUCGCUGCGCUGGCAGAGGCUGCCCAGGAACUGGUCCAGCUGCAGUCCGCCGAGGACCAGGGCGAGGCGCCGCUGGGCGACGGGCAGGGGGGCCUCGAGGGCGACUUCGGGUUCGCAGACGCAGGCGUUGCUGGGGCCAUGCUGGCGCUCGCGCAGCAGAUGGCCGAGCGGCAGCGCGCAGAAGUUAGGAUCUACCAGAACGAGUCGCGCCAGACGAGCAAGGCCAUCUGGAUUGAGGGCGUUCGAGCGAUCGCAGAGGGCGCGGCAAAGAUCGAGAUUGAGGACUUGAUCGUGACCGAGUUGGGCGGCGAGGACGCGUGCCAGGCGCUGCUGAAAGAGCGGUCUAACCCGCGCUGGGAGGCGAUCUGGAUCAAGUACGCCAG